AUGCCUGCGCCAGCAACGCCUCGAAGCUAUCCGCCGGAACCCAAUAUCACAUCAGAUGAGGCAGCAGAGAUAAUCUUAGCUGGCGCAUCAGGCUUGCUAUACGGGAAUUACAUCUACUAUAGCUACAUAAUCGGCGCCUUCCACAAAUUCCCCGAGCAGGUAGCAAAACCCAUGCGUCGAGCAAUCUACUACACAAACUACAGCCUAGAUCCCAAAAACGCACUCAAAUACUACAAAGAAUCUCUACGAGUAGCCGACGAAAUUGGAUUCGAUCCCUUUUCAGAGGAGAUGAUAGGGGUGAAGAUCCAAGUGGCGGCACUAUUCGAGAAAAUUGAGCAAUACGAUAAAGCGAUCGGAGUACUAGAGAUCAUCAAGUCCGAUAAUCUGAAAUGGAUGGAGGCGCUAGGUGACAAGCCUGGUAAUGAGGCGAAGCGGACGAGGGUAUUAAAAAAGACCGUGCAGGUCAGUGUCAAGCUGGGGGAUUUGUAUGCGUGUCCGUAUAUAUUGGAGACGGAAAAGGCGGAAGAGAGUCUGGUGUGGGCGGUGCAGACCGUGAUGCAAGAGAAGAGGAGGGUGGAGAGUUCAGGCGUGGAAGUUGAACAGGGGGAUUGGCUUUCAGAUGAGGAGCAGGGUGCUGCGUUGGAGACGCUGGCACAUCACUAUGAGGAGAAAGACCAUCAUUACCUCGCAGCGCCGUUGUUCCUGCAAGCUAUAACCUUUUCGCAGCCCGUGAACUGCCAUACCACAGUCUUGAUGAACAACCUCUCCAUCUCCCUCGCGCAACAGCUCCCACCCCCAUCCACCAAAGCAAGCGCCACACGCACCCAGCUCAUCUCCAACGCCAAGCAAUGGGCCGAAAAAGCCAUCUCCAUAACCGCUGCCAUCAAAGAUCCCGAACGGACAGAAGAAUGCGACGUCUCGUGUGCAGUAGCUACGCAUAACCUGGGCGAGUUUGCCGAGAUGUUGGGGGAUGUAAAGGAGGCACGUAAGAGGUUUUUGGAGGCGAUGAACUUGGCACAGAAGGUGGGGUUCAAGGAGGGGGUUGUACAUAGUGGGAUGGCGCUGAGGAGGCUUGAUGAUAGUAAGAAGAAAUCGUAG